GGUCCAUGACUUACUUAAGGUUGGUUAUUGGGUUCAUAUUGCCAAACCUGAGAUCAUUAAACCACAUUACUUACUACUGUAUUCAUUCAGAUCUUCCCACAUUCACUAGUCCGAUCGAAGACGGUGACCGGCGGCACUUCUCCUUCUCCUUCACCAACUAAGUAACUGAACAGCAAACACUUGGCGGAGGGCAAAAUGGCAAAGGGUCUUAUCUGGGCAACCGCAGAAGAUUUGGCAAGAAACAGGGGAAGAGUUCUUUCUCUAUAUCGACAAGUACUAAGAGCCUUAAAUUCACCCGAUCUUCCCUUAAAUUUAGCAGCAAGAUUGCACAGGAAAGCACAGGCGCGUGCCAUUUUCAUGGUGGCCGCUGAAGAACGGUCCAUUCACAACAUUCAAGAUUUGAUUGAUGUAGCUGAGUACUCUUUAUCCCUCCUGAGAAAAGGAGAAAUCCCUAAAUAUAUUCAGUGACAAAUUGAUCUAGUAACUCCUGUUUGCAGAAUAGAUGCUGUUUUUUAUGGGUCAAUACCGAUUUGGUCGGGUUGGCUUGACUUGAAACAUGUUUGGUCCAAACAAUGUGGUCUUGCCAGUGGAAUUGACAUUACAAUACUACAAGAAAUAAAUAAUAAUACUACCAACAAUUUACUUUAUA